AAAAAUAUUCUUUCUCUAUGACGUGAGAAGUCAAGCUGUUCUCCGGUUCAGCGCUGAGCAAUUUUUUUCGUGAAAUUGUUUAUCUCGACCGGGAAAUCGCAUCAAAAUGGCAGCCGCUGUCGUGUCUGGGAAGGACAUUGAGAAGCCUCAGGCAGAGAUCUCGCCGAUCCACCGCAUCCGCAUUACCCUCACAUCCCGCAACGUGCGCUCGUUAGAGAAGGUGUGCGCAGAUCUGAUCAAUGGCGCCAAAAAGCAGAAGCUUCGUGUUAAGGGCCCAGUCCGCAUGCCCACCAAGAUCCUGCGUAUCACCACACGUAAGACACCUUGCGGUGAAGGUUCAAAGACCUGGGACAGAUUCCAGAUGAGGAUCCACAAGAGAGUGAUUGAUCUGCACUCACCUUCGGAGAUUGUUAAGCAAAUUACAUCCAUCAACAUUGAGCCGGGUGUAGAGGUUGAAGUCACUAUCGCAGACGCGUAGGCACAUCUGCCGCAAUAAACUAUUUUGAAUA